UUUUCACUCUCUCCCUUCCUUCUUCUCUUCCAUUCUUUAUCUGCCUUUUGUCUUCUCUCUGCAAUUGAUUUGACUAUCAAUUUUCUCUAUUCCUUGUCUUCCUCACAAAUCCUUUCCGGUUUUAUACCAUCUAACAUAAAAGACCACCUACAAUAACAACAAUUCAAAAUGUCUAACCCAGUUGUAUUAGCAAAAUAUAAUCAAUUAUCGCAAAAGGGCAAAAUCAUUGCUGAGUACAUUUGGAUAGAUGGCUCCAACAACUUGCGUUGCAAGGCUAAGACCUUGUCCAAGCCUGUUACUGCUGUCUCCGAUCUCUCAUGGUGGAAUUUCGAUGGUUCUUCUACCGGUCAAGCUCCAGGUCACGAUUCUGAUGUCUUAUUGAAACCAGUUUCCUACUACCCUGACCCAUUCAGAGGUGGUGACAACAUCCUAGUCAUGUGUGAAUGUUGGAAUCCCGAUGGAACCCCAAACAAAUUCAACCACAGACAUGCUGCUGAUUUGUUGUUGAAGGCCCACGCUGGUGAAAAAAUCUGGUUUGGUUUGGAACAAGAAUACACUUUGCUUGACAAGUAUGACAACAUUUAUGGCUGGCCAAAGGGCGGCUACCCAGCUCCCCAAGGUCCCUACUACUGUGCCGUUGGUACUGGUAACGUUAUUGCAAGAGACGUCAUUGAGGCCCACUACAAGGCCUGUCUCUUUGCCGGUAUCAACAUCUCCGGUAUUAAUGCUGAAGUCAUGCCCUCCCAAUGGGAAUUCCAAGUUGGUCCUUGCGAAGGUAUAGAAAUGGGCGACCAACUAUGGGUAGCAAGAUUCUUGUUGGACAGAGUUGCUGAAGAAUUUGACGUUAAGAUCACAUACCAUCCAAAACCACUCAAGGGUGAUUGGAAUGGUGCUGGUUGCCACACUAACGUCUCCACUGAAAAGAUGAGAGUGAAAGGUGGUAUGAAAUACAUUGAAGAAGCCAUCUCCAAAUUGGCCGCCAAACACGACAACCACAUCUUGUUAUACGGUAAAGACAACGAUCUCAGACUAACUGGUCGUCACGAAACUGCCUCGAUCUCAAACUUCUCCUCCGGUGUUGCCAACAGAGGUUCCUCUAUUAGAAUCCCUCGUCCUGUUGCUAUAGAUGGCUACGGCUACUUUGAAGACAGAAGACCUGCUUCUAAUAUCGACCCUUACUUAGUAACAGGUAUUGUUACUGAAACUAUAUGUGGCUCCAUUCCUGAAGUUGACAUGGUUGAAGAGUUUAAACGUGAAUCAAAAUAAUCUCAUUUACUUGAAAUUUAAAUAAAUAGUCUUUAAUUUUUAUUUAAUCAUUUUUAUAUUUUUUAUCAACUUUUGUCUUAGUUAAUUUUUUCCUUUUGUAUAUUUCAAUAAUGCUACAGUUGUCUCAAAAUUUUCACAUCUCCAAUACACUACCAUACACUAUCCAUACGCUAUCAUAAAUCAAUCAAAAUAUCUAUUCCAUGCAUAAUCUAUCACAACUAUAAAACUAUUCAGUAUGAUUCAUAAUCUAUCAUAAUCUAUCAUAAUCUACCAUAAUUAUCAUAAUCUAUAAAUUUCUUCAAUUCUUCACUUUCUUCACUUCUUCACUUCUUCACUUCUAUUCUUACACUCAUUUUCGGUAAAAUCCCAUC